AUGGAUAUUCCCAUCCAGCACCCCUGGUUCAGACGUGCCAUGGGUUCCAUGUAUCCCGCCCGUCUCUUUGACCAGUUUUUCGGGGAGGGCAUGUUCGACUAUGACCUGUUCCCCUACGCUGCCUCCACCAUCAGCCCCUACUACAGACAGUCGCUGUUCCGCAACUUCCUGGACUCCACCAACUCUGGCAUGUCUGAGGUGAGGUCCGACAGGGACAAGUUCUCGGUCUUCAUGGAUGUGAAGCACUUCUCUCCUGAUGAACUCAACGUAAAGGUGACUGAUGACUACGUGGAGAUCCAGGGCAAGCAUGGAGAGAGACAGGACGACCACGGUUACAUCUCGCGUGAGUUCCACCGCCGCUACCGCCUCCCCUCCAGCGUGGACCAAUCGGCUAUCUCCUGCACACUGUCCACCGACGGCCUCCUGACCCUUUGUGGCCCAAAGGUCACCGGUGGCGGUGGCGACCUCGGCCGGGGCGACCGCAGCAUCCCCGUCACCCGCGACGACAAGACUAACGCUGCCCCCUCCUCUUAAGAAGACGGGCGUGCUGCCAGCCGGGUUGCA